AUGGGCCGUGUACGCACCAAGACUGUUAAAAGAGCUGCUCGCGUCUUAAUUGAAGGAUAUUACAGUAAACUUACUCGUGAUUUCCACACCAAUAAGCGCGUCACUGAGGAUGUUGCGAGCGUUGGCUCAAAACGUCUUAGAAAUCGCAUUGCGGGUUUCUUGACUCACCUUAUGAGGCGUAUUCAAGCUGGUCCUAUUCGUGGGAUCAGCAUCAAGCUUCAAGAAGAAGAACGUGAACGACGCGAUAACUACCAGCCCGAAGUCUCUGUUUUGACUACAAUGGACACCGACCUUGAUCCGGUCUCCCAAGCCAUGGUCAACAGCCUAAUAAAGCCUAGGGGUGGCCAACGUGGAGGACGCUAA